UGGUGCUAAACAUCUGCCCAAAGACUAGUGAAGGAUAUACGGUCUGUUCAUGUUCGAAGCAGACUUCUCCUGUGUUUAACAGAUGUUUUUAUUAUACUGCACUAUGCUACUGGAAACCUAGAUUCCAAGACUAGACAUCAUUAGGGAGGACAAAAACAAGUCUGUUCCAUCGGACUCACAGAGAGAGAGACACACACACACUCGCAAAAUGGAUUCAGACUUUUCCGCCAUGUCCUCCAUGAGUGAGCACCAGCAGCAGCUCAAUCUGGAGGAUUCCAUCCCGGGCCUCUACAAGGAGACAAACCGCCUGGCCCUCUACGCGCUCCUCCAAGGGGGUCGCAAGGCCUACCAGGAGUUCCUCAAGGCCGAGGCGCUCACCGACUUCCUCUCGGAGGAGGAGGUCGACUACAUUCUGGAGCACAAGAAGUGGCCCUCGGAGAAAGACGACGACGAGGAUGAGUACGAGGGAAUGGAGAAUGCCCCUUCCACGUACUGUCCCAUGGAGUCCGACGUGGAGGUGCCGGACCUGGAUCUGGGCUGGCCCGAGGCCAGGCUGGAUCACCUGGACACCAACGUGCACAUGUUUUUCCACCCGCCCAGGCAAAACAUGCCCAACAUCAAGACACUGGUGCGGCGGUACAUCAGGGAGGCUAAAAUGGUUAUUGCCAUUGCAAUGGACAUAUUCACGGACGUGGACAUAUUUCGGGACCUGGUGGAGGUGUCCACGAGGGGGGUGGUGGUGUACAUCCUCCUGGACGACCAGCAGUUCGCCAGCUUCUUCCGCAUGUCUGAGAAGGCCAACAUUCCUCUACAAAAGCUAUGGAAUGUCAGGAUCCGCACUGUGAAGGGCCAUGAGUAUCGCUGUCAGUCUGGGGCCAGGUUUCACGGUGCGAUGGAGCAGAGGUUCAUGCUCGUGGACUGUCACACAGCGCUGUAUGGAUCAUACAGCUUCAUGUGGUCCUAUGAGAAGAUCAACCUCAGCAUGGUGCUCCUGAUCACCGGAAAACUGGUCGCCUCCUACGACGAGGAGUUCCGAAGACUGUUUGCUCGCUCCAUCAUACCCACGCUACUCAUCCAGCCAGCUACCACAACAACCACAACAACUGACUUCGGCAGCCCCAGGAUCCAGCCGUCCAAGUUCGGCCUUCACUCCACGCAGCUCUUUGAGCGAUCAAACAGCUUCGAUACCGCCGCGCUGAAAACCAUAAGAGGUGGCCGGGUGAACGUACUGAGUCACGGCGACAGGCCAGAGGACGCGAUGCAGGCCAACGGAGCUGCCCUGCGGCGCGGGCUGAACUUCCAACGAACUCUCGCCGCCGACCUGGCGAAACAGAACAGCAACCUCAACGCUCUCCAAAACAGGCUGUACUCGUCCAUGCACCAGAGGAACCGAGUGCUGACCGGGAAAGGCAACGAGGGCCUGGAGGGUGUCAACCCUUUCUCCUCUUUGGUGCAGCUCAACCACAUUGGCCAGAACUGGCAACCAAACCAAGAGAACAACGCCCUUCUUCAAGGGCCUCAGUCUUUCCUCAGCGCCUCCGAAAUGUCCCUCCAGAAAUGGAGACUCGAGUCCUAUCUGAAAUACGACCACGUUCCCGCGGACUCCUCCGAGAGUUUGGACUGCCUGAGUGUGAAAUCGGACAGCAAGUCCUCGUUGCUAAGUAACCCAGUGGCCAGACCUAAUCUCACGUUCAAAGCUACAGAGACAUCGGGAGCGAUGAAAAGCCCAUACCUUGGCAGGCGCGCCAUCACCUCGGUGUACAGCUCCCUUCAGAAGGCCAAAGACAAUUCCUUACUCAGAGAUCUUCAAAAAACUGAAGAAAAACCAGUAGAAAAUAAAAGAAGUGAAGAACCAACCAUUCGUCCUGCCACGCAGCCACAAAGUCCUGAACCUAGACUCAGAGCUACAUCCAUAUUCGACCAACCACCUGUAAAGGUACCAACUGAUGUGCCGCUCCCAGAAACCAACCACCAACCCCCUGCAUUGGACCGGCCAUUUUCCCCUGGAGCGGAAUCCUUUGUCAGUUGCCCAACUAGCCCCGCGGCCAGCCUUCUGUUCAGUCCCGAGAGUAGCAUCGUCUCUGACAAUGAACAGGGGACAGACGCGAUGUCCUCAGCAAAACAAAAGCUCACGGAGACGCAAAGGUCCAUUUCCCAUUAUGACAUAAAGACCGUGGAGGAGAAGAAGGACCAGAGUUACGACUGGCAACAGCCCCCCUCGAGGACGGCGUCCGCCAUGAACUUGGGCAACAUCGAGGACAACACGUUGAUGAAGGGCUCCAACCUCAAACGACUGCGUCCGUUCAGUGACAGCAACAAGACGCGCUUGUCUCUAAUCGAGAUCCCGGAGGAAGAGGGUUCAAGAAGAAACCUGGACGAACUCGGCUCGAGAACAAACUUGGAAAGAGCAGGUUCAAGGACGAACUUGGAAAGAGCGGGUUCGAGAACGAACUUGGAAAGAGCGGGUUCGAGAACGAACUUGGAAAGAGCGGGUUCGAGAUCGAACUUGAGCGAACUUUCAGCCAGCAGACAAAACCUUACAAGGAUCUCUCUGACGAACAUCCAGCCGACGCCCAUCGAACCAACAGUCCACAUUUCUGGCCUGGGCAUCGGGGGAUACCUCAGCCCCACCGCGUCCUACUCCAGUGUGGGCCGAGCUCAACACCCAUCCACUCCUACACUACACAGAGCUUUAGGCCCCAUCCCAUGGAGCAGUUCGAGGAGGCCGGAGGAGGAAAGGGUCGCGGCUGCUGUGGCUGCAGCUGCUGCUGCUACUGCUGCUGCUGCUGCUGCAUCGCCAAGGACGCUAUCAGCACUGGACGUGGCGGGUAACCAUCAUCGGGUGGACCACGGCUCGCUCACUUCAGUAGCCACCGUAGAGAGCGUGAUGUCUAACCCGGACCAGGGGCGGUACGGCAUACCGGAGGGCAAACGGAACAAGGUGUACAGCCGCUUCGAGCACUUCCUGGUCGAGAGGAAGACGCCCGAUAAGGUGGAGGCGGAGCGCAUGAAUAUGUACUCCUCCGCAGAUAAGCGCCGGAAUUUGUUAAUGGGCGGCCCCACGUCCUACACGAGAUACCAGACCCAAACGCAAAGUGACAAUAAUAGGUUUGGCAAAUUCAUACAGCGUGUGGGCAGUUUCAUAAACAAAAACAAGUAGUGUUGUUGAAAGGUUUAUACAGUGUAUACUCUGGUUAUUCUCUGUGCCUUUGUAAAUAUUGUUGUUAGGAAACAGGUGUACAUGUAAAUGACAGUUUGUAAAAUGUAUUCACAUCGGUUCAAAUGCAGGUAAUGAGCCUUCCCUUACAAUUCCCCUGUAACAUGUGAGCAAAUGUUAUAAUGCGUCAUAGUGAAUUCAUUAGCAGGCAGGGCUCUAAAUUAACUUUUUUCGCACCAGCCAAAAUGGGUUGUAGAUGUUAAUCCUACUAGCCAAGCACACACUCACAAAUGGGUCAAAGUGGCUAGUAAGUUUGUGUUUCUACCAGCCCAACUGAAAUUACACCAGCAUUUGACUGUGGCUGGUGUUAAUUUAAAGCCUUGUUAGUGGGUGGACAUGAAAAAACGUAAUAAUCAGGGUGUUUUGGUUGGGGUAUCUUGAUCUUAGGGGGAUUUUCUGGGUAUAAUAUUGUCACGUUAAUCUGUGCACUUUUACCAUGUAGAUGUACAUAAUGUGUGUAAUAUACAAAUGAGGCCGAAUGUUGUUUGUCUGACAUUUGAAUAUUUAUUGUUCAAAACUUCAGAUGGUGAGACUGAAAUGUUGCUGCCUUCCCAUCCCAUCUCAGGACCAACGUUUUUUUUCAAAA